ACCAAAACCGAUACUCGUGGCACUCCCAUUCAGAAACAGCUCACACUCGACGCGGAGCCUGAUGUCGGAGUUGAGGUGUCGUCAUCUUCUACAAGCCUCAAUGUCGUUAAUUCGCCAAGUGCCGAUCCGCAUUCCAAACAACAAUUCAGAGCAUUCAGCGUUUCCUCCGCAGCUAGUCUCCCAGAGGCUGCAAGAGGUCGAAAAGGCGGCAGCCCCAGUCCCUCUUCAACCUCCUGCUCUCUUCAAGGUCAACAUCGUGGGGAAAAAGGAGGUGCAGGGCAAGCCAGAACCUCCUCUCCCACCGCAAAUGAAAUGACCAGCAAUCAAGAAAUAACAGAUAAAGAAAAGGAGGAAGAAGACCGUGAGACACGAUUAGAACUUUACGUAUAUGUAGUACGGUGUAUUGCCUAUCCCUUCUACUCGAAGUUCCCAACAGACCCAGUGAAACGAUAUCUAAAGGUAACGAAAAGCCAGCUCAAUGCUCUCAAGGGACGUUUCCAGUCCUUUCUCAACGGGGAAUUGGAUAUCGUAGGUGACGAGGCGUUCACUAAUGCAAUUCAAAGUUAUUAUGAGAUAUUUCUAUGCAGUGAUAGAAUCUUGACCAUGGUUAAAGGAGGGGGCUGUUCAAUGCACGAUUUCCGGGAAGUUUUUCGAAUAAACAUAGAGUGCCGGAUUCAAUGUCUCCCUGACAUCGAGGGUCUAGAAAAAUCCAACAUUUCCAGCGCGUGGAUGGUCAAGUUCGACCAGAUCUGCCGUGGAGGAACAGGACCCUCUUCAGCUAUUCAACGUCUCCAAGUUCCCCAACCAGAGGCAUUCAUGUCUAAAGAACAACUCUACGACAUGUUCCAAAACAUCAUUGGGGUGAAGAAAUACGAACAUCAAAUCCUCUUCAACGCAUUGCAGCUUGACAAUUCUGAUGAGCAAGCAGCUCAGGUAAGACGAGAACUAGACGGCCAACUGGCGGCGAUCGAAGACAUGGCAAGGAAUCGGAACAUUCCCAAACUAGUGGUCAAAUCAAUGGACAGCCUGUACAUCGAAGAAUUGCGCACCAGAGUGAAUGAGCUGAUGAUUCGACUUGAAGCUGUUCCCGUCACCAAGGGGGCCGGGAGUUUUCAGAAGUUCAAGAAGUACGGACGAAAUCAGAGCUUCAGCUCAACUCUACGUGAUCACAGUUCGGAGGAGAAUCCUGAACUCAAUCUCAGCAAGUUGGACACGCAGCUAAACUUUGUGCUUGAGAUUGUUGUGAUGCAAGUGAAAAAUCUGAAACACCUCCCAGCUAACAAGAUGGUCUACUGCACAAUGGAAGUGGAGGGAGGCGAUCGGUUGCAGACCGAUCUUGCAGAAGCUGGCAAAGCCCGCUGGGGCACUCAGGGUGACUUCACUAUUGCGCAACCGCUUCCACAAAUCAAAGUUAAACUCUAUGCAGAAGCCUCUGGUCUCCUGAGUCUGGAAUCUGGGAAGGAACUGGGUCGGGUGGUUCUCAAUCCCACUUGCAUGGGCAGUCGGGUACCAGAGUGGUACAAGAUGCAAACGUCGCGAAACUGUCCAGACAGCCUUGAAAUUCAACUAACCAUUCGAAUGGAUAAGCCGAAUAAUCUGAAGUAUUGUGGAUACUGUUAUGCCGUUGGACGCACUGCCUUUAAGAAGUGGCGUAAACGAUACAUCUGCCUCAUUCAGGUCUCUCAGUACACGUUUAUCAUGGCCUCUUACAAGGAGCGCAAGUCUGAACCCCUUGAAAUUAUGUCCUUGGAUGGAUAUACAGUGGACUACUGCGACCAUCAAGCAGAUCUAGUUCAGUUGGGUGGAUCGUUCUUUUUUAACUUGGUGAGGGAGGGGGACAACAUGUUCUUUGCGACAGAGGACGAAAAUGAACGACAACUCUGGGUACAGGCCAUAUAUCGGGCUACAGGUCAGACACACAAACCCACGCCGCCAACAAAGUUGACCACGUCCGUGGCUACCUCUUCAACUUCCAGCACGAUUAAUUCUAAUAGGAAAAACGUUGCAGGGACGAUCUAUAAUAAAGGAGGAAAAAGAGAUCGUGCAAGAAAGCAUGGUAUGGAGAAGUUUGUGAGCAUGGAGCCCUGGCGGAAAUCGCACGCUGAGCUCUUUCGUUUGCUGCAGUCCAGCUGCCUCGAGUUUCGCAUGAAAGACCAAUUUGUUUCCCUGGGUUGGUUCUCGCCCUCCCAACUCAUUGUCCUGGAUGAGUACUGCUCGCGUUAUGGCGUCAGGGGAUGUCAUCGACACCUGUGUUACCUUGCUGAUCUUCUUGAUAGAGCCGAGCAUGGACUGAUGAUCGACCCCGCCCUGGUUCAUUACUCUUAUGCUUUUUGCUGCCGUCACAUAUUUGGAAACACGCCGGACCGGACAGUUAAAACGGUGCUUGCUGAAGAGAGAGAAAUGUUCACUGACAUCCGCGCUCGACUAUCCGCCCUCCUUGAAAAACAGAUUACCGAAUUUCGGUAUUACUUUCCGUUUGGUCGGCCAGAAGGAGCCCUCAAGCAGACUCUAGGGCUUCUUGAGAAAGUGCUAAUGAAGGACACAGGCGUACCUGCAUCGGCUGAAGAGUUUCGUGGAGUCAUUCGGAAUUGCCUGCAACAGGCCGCUCUGGUAAACUACUCACGAGUUUCGGAAUAUGCAUCUAUCGAAACCAUCGAGAAGUCAAUUUCGGAUCUUAUCCACCUCGCUGAACUCUGCAUUGAAGUUCUGCGUCAAAAUGAAGAACAUCACGCUGAGUCUUUUGCCUGGUUCAGUGACCUUUUAACCGAGCACGCGGAACUCUUCUGGUCAUUGUUUGCCGCCGACAUGGUCACCGUCAUGGAAACGGUUCCACUGGACUGCUGGGCCGCGUUCCCACUGUUUCAAGUACUCAAUGACUACCUCAUUACUGAAGAAACACUGAAGGAGGGCAAAUUCCACCAACAAAUUCGUGAAAUCUUUGCACCAAUGGUAAUCCGUUACGUCGACCUCAUGGAAGCAUCUAUUACACAGUGCAUUCGUGGCGUGCCGUACAUUGAGGGCUACGACGGCGAUUCCGAUGUAACAUUGGAAAAGGGAGGUGGUGGAGGUGGACUAGCUUCUGUGCUUGACAGCGUUGGAAGUUCAAUUGCCUCAGCGGCAGCCAGUGCAGCAGGCAGCGCGAAUCUAAUGUCUGCUGCUGUGAAUGCCGCCUUACCAGUUGGAGGUGUUUGCGCAAAUAGUGGCAGUGUCGUGCACAACGCUGGUGCGACUAUUCCGGUUUCCUCAGACGAACUCAUUUGGAAGUUAGAGGCACUGCAAACUUUUAUUCGAGAACUCCACUGGACUGAUGUCGUCUUUGCAGAACACCUCGACAAUCGACUCAAAAUGAUGGCCGCUGAUAUGAUAGACGCAGCCGCUGGAAGGAACCUAGAGUGUUUCGACGCCUGGCUCAAGCGAUCGUCAAGGGGGACCGACUUCAUUUUGCCUAACGAGUGUUGCAACAUGAUCAAUACGGUCGCCUCGCUGAAGGCCAACAUCUUGAAGUUGUGCACCAAGGAAACACAAGGAGGAGACAUGCAUGAAUAUCAGAAUCAGACGGAGGCAAACUUGGAGAAGGUCCAACGACGCAUGGCGUAUAUCCUAAAAGACAAACUGGGACAGGUUCUGGAGGCCACACUGGCGAAACUUGCGCGCUACGAUUCCAACACAUUGCUCUCCUCGGUUCUUUCUCUAACGAAGCCAACUGAUGAGGUGGGAAAGGCAUACGUUGAAUUUAUGCGUGUGAACCUUGAGCAACUGAGGCAGAAACUUGCAGAUGAAGUCUACGUCCUUUCUACAAUGGAGGUGAGCAUUGUCAUUCAUAUCUGCGUUUUGCGCUAG